AACGAGGGCGACCGGUGGGCACGUAGAACAAGGGGUUAGUGUUAGUGUUGUUUUGCACCCAAAAGCGUUGAUAUUGACAAACGGGCCUUGAACGCAGCAUUAACGGUGAAACAGGCGAAGAGCCCGCGCGUCGUUCGCUCCAGUUGUUUCUCCCCGUGGAGGAGGCGUCUCUGUCGGUAACGAUUUCGGAAACAUCGCCCCGGUCUGCUCGGAGCUCGGCACGGAACAAUGCCUGGCAAAGCCGCGGUGGCAACGGUGCCUCAACCCGGCGGUACCGUCGACUCGACGGCUCCGCAGAAGUCCUUCCCGUUUGUUUUAAAGAAGAUUAUGGACAUCCCUCCUCCCAAUAUCCUGGAGGAAGGCGACGACGAAAUAGAGAAGGAGAAGCUGUGCUCAUCUGAAGAUGUUGAGGGAGGCGGAGCUGGGGCAGCCAGCACUGGUGGAGGUUCCAGGGGAGGAGGGGGUGGAGGUGGUGGCAGUGGCGGGGUAUCAGCCUCCCUAACCCCAGCCAUCUGGGAGAAGACCAUUCCCUAUGAUGGGGAGACCUUCCACCUGGAGUACAUGGACCUGGAUGAGUUCCUCCUGGAGAACGGGAUCCCUGUGAGUCUGGAGGAGGAGGAGCUGCAGAAGACUCUGUCCUCAGUGGACGACAAAGGCAAAUCCAGCCCCAAGGUUUCUGCUACAACCACCACCACCACUACUCCUACUCCUACUUCUCCUCCUACUCCUACUCCUGCUGCUGCAGCGUCUGUCUCUGCCUCGGCAUCUUCCCCCUCCGCCUCCGCCACCUCGACAGUCACCUCAGAACCAGAGGAAGCGGUGACAGUCACCACCUUACAGCCGGCUAAACUAGAGGAGGAAGAGGAAGAAGAUGAGGAGGAAGAGGAAGAAGAUGAGGAGGAAUCCUUGACUGAGGAAGCACCAGCAGAAGUGAAAGUGAAGGAGAAGAAACCAGAUCGCAACACGCCCUCCCCCAUCGACCCAGAUGCGAUCGAGGUGGACAUUAAUUUCCAGCCGGACCCCACGGACCUGGUCCUGUCCAGUGUGCCGGGGGGGGAGCUGUUCAACCCGCGCAAACACAAGUUCUCUGACGAGGAGCUGAAACCACAGCCUAUGAUCAAGAAGGCCAAGAAAGUGUUUGUUCCUGAUGAACAGAAGGAUGACAAAUACUGGUCCAGGAGAAAGAAGAACAACCUGGCAGCAAAGCGUUCUCGUGACGCGCGGCGGCUGAAGGAGAACCAGAUCACCGUGCGCGCCUCCUUCCUGGAGCGGGAAAACGCCGCGCUGAGGCAGCAAGUGGCUGAGCUGCGGAAGGACUGCGGCCGCUGCAAGAACGUCCUGGCCAGAUACGAGGCGAAGUACGGCCCACUGUAAAAACCUCGGAACAAGAAAAAAAAACCCCAUGAAGUGUCAACGAGACAAAAGCAGAACUCCCUUCCCCGCAAAAAUUCAACACAGACACAAACACCAAGGGAAUCUAAAUUUGCACUUUUGUCUUUGCUGACCUCCAGUCACUGUGUCGAGCUCUAGCACGAUGCUGGAGUUUUGGAUACACACUGGCAGGCAGUGAGGCAUGAUGGGAGUGGUGGUCACAGGAAGGCCUGUGGAGAGCGCCUGGCUCCUACACUCAGAGAGGAAGUUGGACGGUUGUGGAUACUCCCAUGGUCACACACACAUGGAAAAUAUGAUCUGUCUCAAGACGGUUUCAGGAGAGUCAGGAAAUCUGAAAAGAGCAGGCUGGUACAAAAGAAUCACAGGCUUUUUAAAUACUUCACAAAUCUGUUUUUAUCACUGCAUAGCACUUCCUCCUAGUGGACCAAAGCAUGAGAAACGUCAGUUAGAAGUUGUGUAUUUAGACUGGUGCACACUCGCCGUCCCUCACUUCUCCUUGUGUUGCACUCAUGUUUGUGUCUGUACUUCCUUUUUAAAAUACUCCAGCUGAGGCUCAGAGGAAGGAUGUUUUUACUAACUCACGGCACGGUCGGAGAGAGGGACAGAUGAACGUGUGAAUAAAGGAGCAGGAGGCAGAUUCACAGUGUCACUACCAGCCUGAAGAGAGAGAGAGAGAAUCACAGACCUCAGGGCGAGAGGAGGAGGAGGAGAGUUUGGCUCGAUUCAGUCACAGUCGCAGUUAAUUCCUUCUUGUUAACGCACAUGCACACAAAAACCUUGUGUAUAUAUAUAUAGUCAUCUCCCUGCAUCACAUUAAUAUGUGUGUGUAUCAGUGUGUAAUCCUUUUUUUUUCUCUUUUAUUUGCACUUUUUCUUACAAAACAGUGUAAAGAUUAUAGUGGUGGCAGGUUAUUUACCACGAACACAGAAGCUUCUGAAGGGAAAAAAAAAAAACAUGCAUGACCUACAGUUAAAAGCUACUGUGAUUUAGUUUCCUUUUCUACUAACCUCAGAGCAGCUUCAGGAGCCUCACAAUAUUUCAGUAGAGAAGACGGGUUUUUGGGUUUGUGGAUUUACAAACGCAGAGAGAGUCGUGCUUUCCUGCAGGUUACUGUCUGCUGCCGACGGGCCCUCACCGGUGGAGGGGUAUGUUCAUAUGUAGGGGAGUUUAUUUUACCGCACACUGCAAGUAGAGGGCGCUAGAGCUGCUACCUGCCUGCUGGUGGUGUAGUGAUGGCUGGAUUGAUAUAUACAUAUAUAUAUAUAUAUUUUUAAUUUAGCCAGGCCCAAAGUUGACUGCUUCUAUACCUUGUAAUUAAACGAUUGUCUCAUGGUCUUGAUUUCCUAAGACAGGGAUUCUGACUGUGGCUUUAUUAACCCGAUACUAUUCCUUAUAUCUGCCAAAUAGUCAAUGAGUGCUGUAUUUAUUCUGAUGGUAAUAAUGCAUCUGUUGAUUGUGACGUACAACAAUAUGUCAGAUAAUUCUAUUUCCUUUUGAGAAACAACAUUUACAACAAAACCAAUGACAAAGCAGGGACUUCAAUGGGUAAACUGUGCUUUUGGAUGUUUAUGUUAAAAACAGAUUUAUAGAGCUAUGUGGAUUUUUUUUCUCUACACAUACGUACAUAUAUACAGUAUGUGCCUGGACACAGAAAGGACAGGGCACACUCUAAUUUACCUCAUCCAGCACUUCCUACCGUGAAUGGGUAACGUUUAGCAGGGCUACAGAGCGGUGUUGGUUGAAGCAGAGAGCACGUUAAAAGCAGCUUAGUUCCAUUUGGCAAAACUUUGAAUCCGAGUUGAUAAAUUGACUUUGUUUUUGCCAAACUGGCUGAGUCUGUGUCUGAAUUAGUAAACACAUUACAGACUGUUAUGGGACUCUAUAUCUCAAGUGUCUUCGACCGGUGCAGGAUUUGUGAUCGGUCGGCUUGUGCUCAUAAUCGCCGUAAUCUUGGAAAGAAAAUAAAUGUGGCAAUAAUACUCUGUUAUGUAAUGCUUGUUUAAUUUCAGUGAUGAUGUUGUAUGUAAAAUUGCUAUGACGUACUAAAUAGAAAUACCCCAAAGUCAUUUGUGCUUCCAGUUUAGAUCCUCGUCGUCGCGGAUCCUAAUGCAUGAAACCCAGUAAACUUGUCUUUUUCUUCUUCACUGUUUUACACCAAGUGUACUUAUGUCUGUAAACCAUCACUGAAAACUAGAUAUGUUUUUUUUGGGGGGGGGGCUGAUGGUCUGUUGUACAGCUCUGUCAAAGGAGGGGCAGAACGUCUUAGCUCUGAUGUCUUGUGUUUAUGACUUGCAUAAUAGCGCCACCCAUCCUUGUGCAGCCAGUGCGUGACCUUGGGGUGAACAUCAGCUGAAAACAGCAUCUUUCAAUCACUGUGUGGAUUGUUUUCUAUUUACUUAAGAUUGAUCUAUAUCUAGAUACACUGGAUCAGUUGGUGCUUUUGUGUUUUCUCGAUAGUUUCUGUGUUUGUUUCAGUUUCCUGAUGGUGUAGUCAAACAGACUUUUCUUCGCAGUGCAUUUUAUUUUGAAUUGACAUUGACUGCAUUCUGCUGUUUAUAUACAUCAGUGCAGUUGAUGAGUGCAAACUUUAGUUAUUUUCUGACUAAAUUAAAAUGUUCUGCACAAGGCUGACUAAAGGUACUGGUCAGGAAUGCCUUUUUAAAAGGCAAUAAAUCACGAUCUUUUAUAGUACAGCAUACAGUAUGUAGCAAUCUCUCUUUUUGAUGCAAAGCGCCUCAUGAAACUGGGCGUAUAAUUGUCGCUCAGUAACGUCCAGCAGGUUGCAGAUGCUCCAGUUUGACACAUGCUAACCUGCGCCACCAGUAGGGAAUGAAAAUAACAUAAGACCUGCAGAUGUAGCUGUGUGUAAAAAGUUAUAGCUACUGCAUUUCUACACUUGUGUCACGUGUAAGUCUCGUAGCAGCUUUCAUAUUUUGCCUGUUAGCUUAACCUGUCAUGUCUGACCUCGGCUAAACAUUAAGCUUCAUCAUCAUGAAAACUAGGCAUCAAAGUGUUAACUGGCCUGUCCAGAGUGAGAUACUCUACUAUAAAUUUAAAAUACUCAGUGUCACACACUGUAAAAACUGCAGUUCUUACAUUUUGCCUGCAGGUGGCACCAGCGUGAAGGUGCUGUUGUUUUCCUUGCCUGUAGGUGGCGCAGACGAGCUCGUCUGAAGGUGUAAACUGUGUUGAGCAGCGGAUCUGGUCUGAAACCUUCAGGUUGGCUUCACAUCUCUGAUACUAUCUUCUUGUUUGCUAUUGGAAGUAGCUAUUACACUCCGGGAAAAAAAAAAGAAUUUAAACAUCUUUACUGAAAACAUUUUUAAAGUUUUUGUUUGUUUUGUGGUGUUUUGCUUUAUUUUCUCUCUUUUUAUAUGAACAUGUUUUUGUUGGGUGUUUUUGUAUUGUCCUAACCAUGUAUAGGAUACAUGCAACUGCAGUGCCAUGUCCUAACUGUAUCUUGUAUCAUGUAUAUGAAAUAAAUUGGGAUUUAAUGACA